CUUUGGUUUGCCAAAACAAAUAUCAAAUCAAAUGGAUAAAAAACAACGAUAAGAAGAAAAGCUAGCUAGAAAGGAAUCUGAAUCUAUAUUCAAUUUGGCAUACGGAGUAUUUAUUUGUUAAGUUAGGUCCUCUCUUUGACAUGUAGAGAGGGGGCCGGACCAUAUGAAGAUUUGUGAUAUUUGGCUUUAAAUACUGUACUUUUGAUUCUCUUCAAGUGCAUUUUAAUUUUGUUGCUAAGGAGAUGAGCCCAAUUUGUGGGGAUGAGGGAUUUCCACCCCAAGGUUCAAGUGCACAUGAAGAGAAGAUCUUUGUUUCGAUCAGGGUGAGACCUCUAAAUGAUAGAGAGAUUUCUAGGAAUGAUUUUGCCGAUUGGGAAUGCAUCAAUAAUAACACCAUUUUAUUGAAGAAUAGUCAGGGGGAACGUUCAUCCACCCCUACUGCCUACCAAUUCGACAGAGUCUUUGGGUGUGAAUGCUCCACAAGACAGGUUUAUGAUGAGGCUGCCAAAAAAGUGUUUCUUUCAGUUCUCAAUGGCAUCAAUUCAAGUAUAUUCGCAUAUGGACAGACAAGCAGCGGAAAGACAUUUACAAUGUCUGGUGUUACCGAGUAUGCUCUGCAAGAUAUAUAUGAACACAUACACAAGCAUAAUGAAAGAAAAUUCGUGCUGAAAUUAUCCGCUAUAGAGAUCUACAAUGAAGUGGUCAGAGACCUCCUUAGCUCAGACAACACUCCACUUAGACUCCUAGAUGAUCCAGAGAGAGGAACUGUUGUUGAGAAACUUUCAGAAGUGACACUAACGGACCAAAGCCAUCUAAAUGAACUUUUGUCUAUGUGUGAAGCUCAAAGACAAAUAGGAGAGACUUCUCUGAAUGGAAUGAGCUCUAGAUCUCAUCAGAUUCUGCGGUUGACAGUUGAAAGCUCUGCAAAACAAUAUUCUCAUUCUCAAAACAAUAGCACUCUGUCAGCUGCAGUGAAUUUUAUUGAUCUUGCGGGAAGCGAGCGUGCAUCACAAACAUUAUCAGCUGGUACAAGACUAAAAGAAGGCUGCCAUAUUAACCGUAGUUUGCUAACACUUGGGACUGUAAUUCGUAAACUGAGCAAAGGAAGAAAUGGGCACAUCCCAUACAGAGACUCUAAGCUAACCCGUAUUCUACAAAACUCGCUAGGAGGAAACGCUAGAACUGCCAUCAUUUGUACAAUGAGCCCUGCACAUAGUCAUGUUGAGCAGUCAAGAAACACUCUAUUGUUUGCUACUUGUGCUAAACAAGUUGCAACCAAAGCACAAGUCAACGUGGUGAUGUCCGAUAAAGCGUUAGUGAGGCAGUUGCAAAAAGAAUUGGCAAGACUCGAAAAUGAAUUGAGGGCAAUGAAAUCACGUUCCACAGAUGAAAAUUCUGCUUUAGUACUCAAGGAGAAGGAAGGUGUCAUUGAAAAGAUGGACAAGGAAAUGAGGGAGUUGAUGAUGCAACGGGACAUAGCUCAAUCUCGGAUGCAGAGUUUGUUACAUUCAAGAUCAUCAUGGACGGAGAUGAGUUACCAAUCAGAAAAUGAAUUUCAAACCCCUGAAGAAUAUACAGCAUCUGAAGCAUCAGAUACUCCUUUCGUCCAGAUGGAGGGGCCUUUUUCAUCAUCAUCAUCAUCAUCAUCAUCCAGAUUUGAAGAAGAACGAAUUGUUGAUGAUAAGGCAGCCAUUGAGGAGCCAUUUCUCUCUGAUGAUACCUCCCCGAGGCUCUUCAUCAACAGUUGCAAAGAAGUUCAAUGUAUAGAAAUGGACAUAGAUUCAACUGAUUCUGGAGGUGCCAAGGAUGAAGAAGUUAACAAUGGAAGUAAGGCAUUCACUACAGAAUCCAAAAGUGGUGCCAAUGAUGGUGAUGACUUCUUGGAUGUAAUUGUUAAGGAACAUAAGUUUAAGAUAUCAAUGGGUGAUGAUGUCAUAGCUUAUGAAGAUGUUGAAGCUAUGCCUGAAAAUCAAUUUUGUGAUGACCCCAACUGUGUGGUGCCUGAGGAGCGAGCCUUUGACAAUGAGUUCCCGAAGGAUGAUCUGAAGACUGAGGCAUUGGCAGAAGUUGUAAGGAAUUCCGAGUGGUCACAGGAAUUCGAGAGGCAGAGAAGAGAAAUCAUUGAGCUUUGGGAUGUUUGCCAUAUGCCAUUGGUCCACAGAACAUAUUUUUUCCUUCUCUUUAAAGGAGAUCCAUCAGAUGCCGUUUACAUGGAGGUGGAGCUUAGACGGUUACAGUUUCUCAAGAAUUCAUGGUCUCAAGGAGAAGGAAUAGUAAAAGAUGGCCAAAUAACAACAGAGGCCGCAAGCAUAAAAGGCAUGAAGAGGGAAAGGGAAAUGUUGUGCAGGCAGAUGCUUAAGGUAUUGAGUGGAACCGAGAGAAACAAUCUGUUUCAGAAAUGGGGAGUUGGGCUUAAUACCAAGAAAAGAAGACUUCAGCUGUGCAAUAAGCUGUGGAAAGACAGCAAAGACAUGGAUCAUCUAAAGCAAAGUGCAUCACUUGUUGCCAAAUUAGUUGGGAUCAUAGAGCCAAACGAGGCAUCCAAGGCUAUGUUUGGACUGAACUUUUCACCCCAGCCUAUCAACCACCUCAGAUCCUUUAGCUGGGCUCCACGAAUGACUUUCAUGAUCUAAGUAAGCACACAAGGGGCACACUCCCACACACCCCUUAUUGGCCAUAAUAAAUCUCCACCUUUUUAUAUUUAAUCCAUCUUUGAUUCCCAUUCUAUAUCGCAUUCCCAAACAUUGUAAAAAAUCAUUGUGUAGUUAAGAAGGUCUUGGAUCAUUGGAGCUCUCUAUGGUUAAAUUUUUUAUGUUUACU